AUGACAGGUCAACUUAUUGAAUCCUUUGAAGUCGAAUCAUCAGCAUCAUCACUGCGAGAUGCUUUAUUGCUCGUUGGUGUGGUGGAAGACAGCAACAGUACGAUGAGGCAGAACUCAUGCUGGCAUCCCAAUCAUGUUUGCUGGCCUUCCAUACUACUACGAGCUUGUACCGUCGGAAUGGCACUUGCCGGUGUCAUGGUUUUCAUGCUAUUAAUUUCUGCUUUUCCAACUUCAACUCGGUCCUCGUCAUCAGUCGCUUGGAAUGAAGAACUACAAAGCCAGGCUUCUCCUGUUGCCCUUCUUCCUCCAUAUGACGACUAUGACGAUGAUGAUGAAAUCACCGCACCCGCGUUUCUCAUCGGUGAUAUCAGCAGCAGCAUUUGUCACCUGUGGGAUAACCAUGGAGACCUUGGUCUGAAGCCAUUUGGCGAGGAGAUUGAUCGUACUUUUUGUGAAAAACAGCAGGAAGAAGAAGGGUACGAUUGGUUGGAAAGCCUAAAAUACAGCGAGAUGCUCAGGUGCUACAACAUGACCUAUUGA